AUGCUCUCCAAUAGCUUUACUCGAGAAGUGCGAAACCCUUCACACCCCGCGCUUGGGGAAUAUUCCAUAGCCAGACCGACAGCUAACCAGGUCUUUCGCGCAGAAAGCAACAUUCACGAUGAGAUGCAAAAACUUAUUCAUGAAUUCUUCGUCCACCACCUCUCCCUCAAAUCCGAAGAUGCCCACAUGCUACAUAUGAAAUACUACAAGGAGUAUGGUCUCGCUAUCGAAGGGCUCACGCGCCACCACAAAAUCGACCCACUCGAGUUCAACCGACAAGUCGACGAUGCUCUACCACUGGACCGGAUCCUCAAGCCGGACCUCAAGCUGCGGAAGCUGCUAGAAGACAUUGACCGGGACAAAGUGAAACUAUGGCUUCUGACAAAUGCAUACGUCAACCACGGCAAGCGAGUGGUGAAGCUGCUGCAGGUGGAUGAUCUUUUUGAGGGCAUCACGUACUGUGAUUAUGCGCAGCCGCCACUCAUCUGCAAGCCGUCGCAGGCGAUGUACGAUAAGGCGGAGAAAGAUGCCGGUGCUUCGGGUAAUAAGAUGAUUUAUUUUGUUGAUGAUUCUGGGCUGAACUGCAGACACGCCGCGACCCGUGGUUGGCAGGUUGCUCACCUUGUUGAGCCCGAGCUCCGUGCGCCCAAAGUCCCGGUCUCCCAAUACCAGAUCCGGGACUUGGAAGAGUUACGAACAUGCUUCCCUGACCUAUUCAAGAAGUCAUAA